AACACUCACUAGACUCCUCCUCUUGACUCUUCUUUCAUCUUUUCAUGUCCAUGCUCCAAAAAAUGGCUUCCAAAUCCAUUAUUCUUCUAGGCAUUUUUCUUGUGGUGGCCACUAAGGUUUUUUCAUACGAUGAAGAUCUCAAGAUAGUGGUGAACUAUGCAAAUCCUUCCGUUCCUUCGGUUAAAGCUCCACCAAGUCCUGUUGCAGUUCCAACACCUCCUUUUCCGGUAAAGGCACCGCCAGCUCCUCCAUCGCCGGUGAAGGCACCUACUUCUCCUCCAUUGGUGAAAACACCACCAUAUCAAUCACCACCUAUUGUGAAGCAACCUUCUCCACCCCUAGUUAAAACUCCACCUUAUCAAUCACCACCUAUUGUGAAGCCACCUUCUCCACCUCUAGUGAAAACUCCACCACCAUAUCAAUCACCACCUAUUGUGAAGCCACCUUCUCCACCUCUAGUGAAAACUCCACCACCAUAUCAAUCACCACCUAUUGUGAAGCCACCUUCUCCUCCUCUAGUGAAAACACCACCUUAUCAAUCACCACCAAUAUUGAAACCACCAACCCCUCCACCUCUAGUGAAAUCACCACCUUAUCAAUCACCACCAAUUGUGAAACCACCAACUCCUGUUGCUCCAACUACACCACCAACUCCAAUAGUUAAAUCAUGGAAGGAUUGCAUUCCACUAUGUGAUAAUAGGUGCAAAUUGCAUUCAAGGAAGAAAUUAUGUGCAAGAGCAUGCAUGACAUGUUGUGACCGUUGCAAAUGUGUCCCUCCAGGAACUUAUGGUAACAGAGAAAAAUGUGGCAAAUGUUACACUGAUAUGUUGACUCAUGGCAACAAAUUCAAGUGUCCAUAGAUACAUAUUUAUACACCUAUGUAGUGGUUCCUAAUUAAGCUUUUGUAAUAGUAAUUAUGCAUGAAUUUUGUUAUAAGGUUUAAAAUUAAUUAGUGAUCAGCAUUAGAUUAUGCAAGUUAUUAGCAAAUAUGUUGUUAAUCAAUCAUCACUAGUUCAACAUGGUUUGUGUUGUCUAUGUGAUUUGUGUGGUCUAAGAAUUUAUAUUGAAAUUAAAUGGUAGUCUUAACAUUAAAGUAUAAUUUUGCUAUUUGAAA